UCAGCCUCCACUGGCGUGCCCACGUAUAUGCCGCGCCUGGUCCAGCCUCCUGGCGGGAUACCAACAGCGCAACAGAACAGCACGCUCAUUCAAGUGGGGUUUAAUUAUGCGCUUAACUACCCGUUCGUGGUGAGCAAUGAGAAUACAACCGCGCAAAUCUUCGCAUACCUGCCCCAGGGCAUCGCCGACGGCCUUGGUAUUUCUAAUGACCAAGUGAGAAUGAAUGGCCUAAUGCCAUACGACACUUCAGCUUCUCAGGGUUUCAUUACGACCUUAGCCCAAGCAUAUGUGCCGAGUAACAUGGUCACGCUCCUCCAGCAGGAACUUCACCAGCCACAGAGCAAUCUCUAUAACAACCCGGACCAGACCAUCAACACGCUGAUGGCCAUGAUCAACCCUGCGAUCCCUCUGUUUCCAGGCGCUUCUCUGGACAGUGCCACAGCCACAAACAACAACAACCCUGCGGCCACGACAUCAGCAUCGGCGGGAGACGGCGCCCCCAUUGGCGGUGACUCUGGCAGCUCGCAGCCCGUGCAGGGCAGGUCGGUCGGAAUAGGUGUCGGUGCCGUUGCAGGCGCUGCCAUCUACGCGGCGGCGAUGGUUUACGUGGCGAGACGCUACCGCAAGAAGCGACAAAGCCACCAACGCGCGUCGUCAGUGCCCACCGCCGGUGACAUGAGCCAAGUAUCAGGUGGCAUGGGCGGAUACUUCAUGUCUGGCGCCGCUGGACCUCGCUCACCCUCCGUCAGCGGUGGAAGAGGCAGCAGGCAAAGCGGAGGGAGCAGUAACGGUCGAAGUGUGCGAGAGCAAGGCAUUUCGAACCCUAUGAAUGCCGAAAACAGCUUGGGCUGGAACUGA